AUGCAGAAGUACGCUCUUAUCGUAUUGAUGCUUAUUAGUGCUACCAUCGCCAUACCACUUGGCUUUCAAGAAGGUGUGGACCCCAUGGACACAUCUCCUAGUCCUGUUCCCCUAUCGGAGGAAAUGAAUGCAACUGCCCUACUUGAUGAUUCUCCUGAACAAGUGUCUGCGACAACUGUAGAGUCAGCUAUUUCCGAAGAGGUUGCAAUUGAAGCGACGUCUCAUAAUCAAAAUGCUUCUUUUGGUGAAGAGGGAGUUGACGGUGAAGAGAUGCAAACAGUUGACCCACAAAACACCCCAUCAGAGGAAAUCGAAGGGACAAAAGAUGCUGCUUUUGAAGUAAGCUCAAGCUUCCUGGAGUAUGGUGAUCUAAUGACUAGAGAUGUUCCGACAGAGUCAUCUGAAGUGGAAGAAACGCAAGAGCGUUCAGUGGAGAAUGAACUGGAAGGCACAACAAAUGUUGCGACUUCUGCCAAAGAACAGACUUCGGAAUCAGAAAAUAACUAUGAAGAGGUAGCAACUACUCCGCUUGGAUUAGAGGACCCUGAGGUUAUUGAAGAGGCUAUUGCAACCGAAAAUCUUGAGGAUGAGAUAUUAGUUGAAGAGACGUCAGUAGAGUCGGAGACAGAGGAAGCCCCAAGUAGCGGAGACGGUGAAAGUACUCCAACUUCACAAGCUCUCGAAUUUCUAAGCCCCAAACUCAAUGAAACCAAAACUCCUAUGGAAGAUAUCGAAACGGAAGCACCUGAAUCUGAUGAAGUAAAUGAAAAUUCUCCAGAAAAUUUCACAAAAGCUUCAUUUGUGGAGGAAGCUCUUUCAACCGAGGCAUCGAUUAAGGAAACUUCUCCAUCAACUUCUGUAAAGGUCGAAGAGCUUGAAGUGGAGCAAGAUUUGGAAAAUUCUUCCGUUGAGCCUAAAGAAAUUACCUCCGAAAUCAACGCAACUGACUCAGAAUCUAACGACUGGGAAGCAGUUGGAGAAAUGACAGAAGAGGUGGAGGAUCCUACUAUUACUGAGAGUUCUAUUGAAGAAAAAGAAAUCAGUGUUACCUCGGAUGAGGUUGUUGAAGGACAGGAAAGUUCCGUCGAGACAUCCAUAGGUGGCAUCUCUCUUGAUGCGUCAACAACUCCUCAACCGGACUUGGAUUCUCUUAUGAAUGCCUCUCCUGUGGUAGAAGAAACAGAAAUGACUGAUUCUGUGGACAUUUCCUUGAAAGCUUCAUCGGAACCGACUGAAGGAGUUACGACUCCUGAAGCCACUCCACACUCUGAAAUCCAACCAUCUGAAAACGAGACACAAGUACCUACAACAACUGAUAGUGAUCAACGUGGCAUGCACCCAGAAACUGAAGGUGUCAUUUCAAAUGAAACAACAGAGAGUUUAGCAGUAAGUUCGGAAAACGGAUUUAAUCAAAGUGAAACAACCUUAUCCACCUCAGAACCUGAGAACUCUCUUGGAGAUUCCUCGGAGUUAGGUACUGAGUCUGAAGCCACGGAAGUUAAAACCGACAUUUUUAUAAGAGAAAUUUCAGAAUCUUCAAAACAGACAACCACCCCAGAAGACCAAGUUUAUACGGAGGCGCCAGAGGUAGAGGAUGAAACUCAGGAAAAUAGACAUCCUGAAACGGGUGAAGAAGAGAGUGCAGUAGGUACAAAGUCCGGUGAAACCACGAUCACAACAGAUCGAAUUGAACACGCAAUGGAGGAUGAAGGUGAACAGACAGAAGAACCUGAAGGCGAAUCAGAAGUCACCCCACAAGGAGAUGAAAAAGACUUAGAAACUGAAGAAGCGGUUGCCUCUACGUUGCCAGUAGAACCUGCUGAUGACGAGACUGUACCUCCUUCAGAACCCUAUGUCGAGCCAGGGGUUUCCGCUCAUCCCAACAGUUCGAAUUUCGGAUCAUUUCCAGCUUUGCAGAGUGAAAGAGUUGCACUGGAAAGUUGUAAGUUCCCAUCUGUGGAAGAUAAGAAGAAGCUCAAAUGUCAACCUAGAUUCAAGAAUUUGGCAUUGGCGCUCUAUCCUUGCACCAAUAAAGCACUAAUUAAAGAAAAUUUGAUAUUGAGGCGCUUAGGCUGA